CUUUACAACCACAACAAGAUGGGGCCGAGUUUAUACCGCUGGAGACAUUUAUGGAGUCAAUUGCGCGAGACGCGCGGCUUCCAACUUUACGUUCAAGAUAAACUUGCUAGUGGGCUCGUUGGAGAAUUUAGCUGCUGUUGUCAAUCAGGUUUGGACCCUGUGCACUCACGGCGAACUUGUGCUGCCCAACGCUCGCGCUCGCUUCCUACGAGUGCGCAUAUUGUGAUUAUCGUUUCACGACGAGUGGUAUGGGCGUAGACGCGUGGUUAUGCGAAUCAUCAUCUUCCCAUGAUGGCACCAACGUAGACUCGGCGGAUACCGAUAAGGUAACAUUUCUCCACUUCAACGAUGCGUAUAAUAUUGGAAAUAACCAUCUUCCGCGCUUCGCUCACGCCCUAAAACGUGCAAGGGACAAAUACCCAAGUGCGCUAACUGUUUUCAGCGGUGACGCAUUUAGUCCAUCAGUUGAGGCUGCAGUUCUGAAGGGUCGGCACAUGGUUCCCGUGUUGAAUGAACUUCAAGUCGAUAUUGCAUGUUAUGGCAAUCAUGAUUUCGAUUUUGGCGAAGAGGUUUUGCUCGAGCUGAAGCGUGCCUGCAAUUUUCCGUGGCUAAUGUCAAAUGUAGUGGAUUCGACCGGUAGAUUGCUUGCAGAUGCUAAGGAGUAUAUGGUCGUCACACAUCAAGGCUGCAAACUGGGCUUCUUUGCCUUGGCGGGAACCGACUGGUCGUCAAACUGCCAACAUUUGCCGCCGGAUGUACGCAUCGUUGAUCCUGUGGUAACAGCUCAACGGGUAUGCCGCUUGUUGCGUGAUGAGUAUAGAGUAGAUCUCGUCAUAGCCUUGACCCAUAUGCGGUUACUUGAGGACCGAACGGUGGUAGCUGGAUGUAAAGAUAUUGAUCUGAUCUUGGGCGGGCAUGACCAUGAGUACAUGAUUGAUACGACAGAUAAGUGUGUCACGAUCGUGAAAAGCGGCAGCGACUUUUGUGAACUCAGUCUCGUGGGCCUGAAGCUGGAUUCUGAAAUGAUUUGUAUCCUGGAUGUGUCUGUCGAGCGUAUACAUAGUAUGAGCCACCCGAAGGACGAAUCAAUGCAAGCAAUAAUCGCGACAAUUCAAAAGGAGAUGAACGCUAUCACUGACCGAGAGCUACUGUACUGUGACGUCGAACUGGAAUGCCGUUCGGUAGUCGGACGAACGAUGGAGACAAAUAUGGGCAACUUUCUAGCGGACAUUCUGCGUGCGUAUUAUAGCUGUGAUAUCGCAGUGGUGAAUUCGGGUAGCAUCAGAUGCAACAAGAUCAUCCACAAUGGGAAAUUGACCGUCCAAGAUGUGUUUGGCAUUUUACCGUUUGGAAACAUCUUUGUCGUCAAGCGUAUCUCCGGUCGCGACUUGCUCACUGCCCUGGAAAACAGCGUCGGUGACUCUCGAAUGGAUGGCCGAUUUUUGCAGCUCUCCGGACUUCAGAUUAUCGUCGAUUUAUCUCGGCCAGAGGAACAACGGAUUGUCUCCGCAUUUUACUAUACUGAUGGAUUGCGUGAGCCGGUGGAUCCUUCCAAAGAAUACGAUGUUGCGAUGGUCAAUUUUAUUGCGGACGGGUAUGAUGGUUAUGAUGCAUUUUGUAAAUCGGAUCAUGUCAUUGGACCAGAAGCGGGUAUUACCGAAACGGCCAUGUUGAUCGAGACGUUUGAUGUUAGCGGGGACUUUUCUGAAAGAGGCGCACGGGCACGCAACAAGGUAGUAAUAGAGUAUCGUGACGGAUUACCAGUAGUAGCACCAACUUUGGAUAAUCGAAUAGUUUUUACAUAGUAGUACAUUUUAAUUGGGAAUAGCAGUCAUUCCAGCAAUGUUUGUAUAUUUUUGUAUCUGCAAGUGGUGAAAAGGAACGUAGAAUACGAGUUUGGGUUGUAGAUGCAGUAGAAAAAGCUUGUCAAAAUGCAGAUGUUUCC